AAGGAAGGAAAGAAGGAAGGAGGGAAGGUGCCCGUCCUGGACACGCCAUGGCUGCCCGCACCGUGCCCCACGCCUACCCCAUGAGCUCCGAGUACGAGUUCGCCAACCCCAGCAAGAUCUACGACCAGAACUUUGGAGAAGGUGUGUCCCCAUCGGAGAUUUUGGCCCCUGCCCUGUACCAUGGCUACUACAUCCGGCCCCGUAUCAACAAGCAGCUGGAGAGGGGCACCUCGGAGAUCUGCCUGAACGAGCACAAGUUCCAGGUGUUCCUGGAUGUCUGCCAGUUCCUGCCCGACGAGCUCAGCGUCCGCACCGUGGACAACCUGCUGGAGGUGGUGGGGCAGCACCCGCAGAAGGCUGACCGCCACGGCUUCAUCUCCAGGGAGUUCACCAGGACCUACAUCCUGCCCCUGGACGUGGAUCCCUUGCUGGUCAGGGCCACCCUGUCCCACGAUGGCAUCCUGAGCAUUGUGGCUCCCCGGACAGGCAAGGAGGUGAAGGCCAGAGUCAACGAGGUGAAGAUAACCCAGCAGGAGCAGCCAGUGGAAAAAGAGGAGCAGGCUGAGGAAGGAAAAGCAAAGGAAAAAUCCUAAAGGCUGCAGAUCUGCGAAGCUGUGGGGGACAGGGAUGGGGAAUGCGAAAUGCCAGACCCCUGUUCCUCACCCUCAGUGUUCAGCAGUGCCCUGAGGCAGCCACACUUCUGCUUCUUGAGGCUGAUGGCUGGGAAAAAACAGGACUUGGAACUGGAAAAAAGAGUGGGACUGAAGUGUGAGUGUGAGUGACUGUAGUGCAAGUUUUCUCCUAGGUCAGGUCACCAUGCAGGGAGCUCUGCUCUCACCCCAGGGUCAUUCCUACCCUUAACUGUGAGGCUGUGUCUCAAGGGACUGUGCUCUAGCCCAGAAGGGCACUGGGAAGAGAAAAAAGGGGAUCCCAGUGCCUGGCUUCUUAGCUGGUGGCUGAGUUUCGUGGCUGUGGAAGGUGCGUGUUGGUCUGUGAAAGUGCCUGCAGAAAUCAGGAGGAGAGA